AUGUGGGCGGAGCCUCAAGAAACCUCAACAAACUCCACCGCCAGCUCCAGAGUGGUCGUCCUCUCCUAUUCGAGAUACUGCCGGCACCGAGCCUUAGCAAAACGAUUAGAACCUUCGAAAAAAUUCCAGUCCGACGUCAAACUCGAGAAAGUUUGCACGAAAAUGGAGAACAUCAAAAUCGAAACGUCGUCGUCGUCGGAUAGCACAAAUCUACAAAGCACUGCCAAACAAAUCAGUAAUAGUCAAUUAAAACAAGAAGGUUCCGAUGAGGAUGGUGAUGAUAAAAGUAAAAUUGUUAAGACGGAAAGUGAGGAUGAUAAAAGUGUCGAGGAUGUUAAUAAGGCGUUGGCGGAAAGUUUGCUGAUGAGUCCGGAGAUGCAGGAUGCUCUGAUACAGGCACUGGGAGGAUACGUUGCUGAUGACAGGAAUACGAAGAUACUAUUUUGCAGGGAAACUUUCUCCUACCCCGAUCUGGAAACCCACGAAAUGCUCUGCAACCAUCUAGCACCAAAAUUAAAGGGUCGUCCGCGUGGCAGACGCAAAAAACAAAUCCUUCCAGUUUAUAAUUCGACGAAAAAAAGACAAUUGUUGUCCGUUAACAGUGACAAGAACAAGGGCCGAAAGGGCCAUCAAGACGAUGACGACGAGAGGAGGAUGUUACAAAUGUUGGCAGGGCUCUCGGACAGUGGCGGCGAAAUGAGUGGCCCUGAUGGUGCAGGGGAUAGUGAUGAUAUGGGGUCUGAGCAUAUGCCUUGUGCAGCCACUGUGGCUCGUAUGAGUACAGGGGGCGGCAGACGGGGUCUUCGGUGUAAUAGUCGUAAACCUGUCAAGAAUAAUGCAGUGAUAACGCCUACAGUAUACCGAGUUGUUGUAAAGCUUUUAUGUCAAAUUAUGGGUCUGGGCGUAGCACAAGGAUCGAUCUAA